GCACCUUGCGACAUUAACAAAAUAGCCUAUCGCACUACCGACUCGACACCGGUUCCAACUCUGCUGUCGACUUGUCUGCGUCGAUUUCACAGUUAUCAUGGCUCAAAAAGUUCUGCUGACUGGCGGGUCCGGCUUCCUGGCUACACAUGUCUUGAAAGAACUUCUUCAACACGGACAUGAGGUCGUCACAACAGUGCGCUCCGAUGACAAAGGUCGUUUCCUGCUCAACAUGUUCGAGGGGCAACCUCUGACAUACACCAUCGUCAAGGAUAUCUCAGCCGAAGGAGCAUUCGACGAAGCCGUCAAGUCCGAUCCUCCUUUUGACGCAGUGAUCCAUACUGCCAGUCCAUACCACUUCGACGUCAAAGACAACAAGAGAGAUAUGCUCGACCCGGCUGUCAACGGAACCACGGGAAUCUUGAAAGCUAUCACCAAAGGCGCAAAGUCCGUGAAGCACGUGGUUAUCACAUCUUCAUUCGCUGCCAUCGUGAACCCAUCGACUCCACCUAAAGUCUACAAUGAAGAGACUUGGAGCGACAUGACUUGGGAGAAAGCACUAGCCGCUACUGAGGGUGGGAUCGUGUACCGGGCCAGCAAAGCAUUCGCCGAGAAGGCUGCUUGGGAUUUUGUUGAGACACACAAGCCGACUUUCGCCCUGACAGUGUUGAAUCCUCCCUUGAUCUAUGGGCCUGUGAUUCAUCAAAUCGCGUCUCUGGCCGGCUUGAACACUUCGAACAAACGCAUUCUCAACAUGAUGCAUGGUAAUCCCGUGAGCCCGGGCACUCCCAUUUUCGUCGACGUUCGCGAUUUGGCUCUGGCACACGUUCGCUCUAUUGAGGUCCCCGAGGCUGCAAAUCAGAGAUUCUUCUUCACUGCAGGUAUAGGAACUGACAAGCAAAUGGGUGAUGUGAUUCGGAAGAAUUUCCCUGAUAUUGCGAAAAACCUGCGCGACGACCUUUCCGAUACCAUUCCGCCCUACAAAUUCGACAACAGCAAAUCGAUCAAGAUCCUGGGAGUCAAAUACCGAAGCUUGGAGGCAACCAUCGUUGAUACUGUUAAAUCUUUGCAGCAGCUCGGUGCAUAGAUGUCGAAGAAGAAAGAGCUCGACGUUCUCGUUCGCGACGAUCAGUAUUGGCAUUUUGAGCGUUUCAAAUCAUUUCGGAUCCUGUUGCGUCGUAGCAAUCACAACAACAAAUUCACUUUGAGCUUUGCAGUUUCCAAUAUACCUGUCCUUCGUUCCCAAAGUUCGUCACAUCCCCUCCUGACAGCCACUGCUUACAAACUUGAGUCAGGAAGGCGACAAUGAGAGACCACUUACCCAGCAGGCCCAACUGAAGUGGAG